UCUGCCAUUUCUUCACAACACAAGGAGCUACCACUUGAAUGGUCAUAACAAAAACCAUGCAAAUCUCCAAUGAAGACAUGACAUUCAACAACUAUUACCUACAAAACCUUAGCAACCAACCAACUGAUCUUUCUGUCACCAACAUGACAAAAACAUUAAACUGUGACACUACUACUACAACCUUAAGCCCUACAAACUCAUCAUCUAGUCAUGACUUUAGCCCCAAAAACUCUAGCAUGAAGAAGCCAAUCCGAAGAAGAUCUCGAGCAUCCAAAAAAACUCCUACCACUCACCUCAGUGCAGAUGCCUCGAAUUUUCGAGCUUUAGUUCAACAAUUUACGGGGUGUCACACCGCUAAUACUUUCUUGGGAGCUCAUAAAGGUCCUAUAAAUUUAAACUUUGGAUUAGACGAGAACGAAGAUUUUGAUGCAGAUAAUUCAAUUACUGUGUCUUCAUUUGGAUAUGAUUGUUACUGCAAUCCUAAGGAACAAAAGCAGCACAAGGAAAAGAAAGUGGAAGAACAAAAGUGUAUGUUAUUAUCAGUUGAUGAAAAGAGAGUAAUUGGUUCAACUUCAACAACCAAUAGUAGCAGUAGCCCUACGAUGGAUAUUAUGAACUUUAAUGAUUUUGAAUUGGACAAUCUCUGUCUCAACGAUUUCACUGGGGACUUAAUUACUUCUACUGAUGAAAAUAUUUGGGAUGAUGGUUAUCUCUUUUAGUGCAUGUUUUCUUUUGUUCCUUUGAUUUUUUUCAUUUGUAUUCUUCUGGAAGAAGAAAAGAAAGGGAAAGAUUGGUUGAGGAUCAAGCCUUAUUGCACCUCGCUUUGUCUUUCAUUUUUCAAUAGCCUUUUUUCUUUUCUUGGAUUUGUAAGUUUGUAGAUGUAUGACUUAAAAGAGAAUGUUCAUCAUGUAUAUAUUAAAUUUAUCCUAUUUAAUCUCAUCAUUAAAUUGUGAUA